CUCAACAGGAUGUAAAAGUUGCUGUCGCCACCGACGGACGACGCCAUGGCCGCCAUCGAGUGCUUCUCCGCGGCGAACUUCUCGGGCUCGCCGGUGCUCCUGCCAGCAAUGCUCAAUAUCACCGACACGACAGAUUGGCCGCAAUCAUGUACGUUCAAGUCUUGGCGGGUGCCAAAGAACGUGGCAGUCAUCACUUUCCCCGCCUCAAACUUCGACGGCGUUCCAUAUCGAGUGGACUCCACGUCGCCAUCCAUACCCAAUCCCCGCUUCAAAGUCAAGUCCUUCGCCGUCAUCGACCGUGCUGACCAAGCGCAUAUCCUUGUGGACACUGGUGACACGUCAUUCGCGCCGUUCGUCGUGCCUGUAGGCACGAGGCUGCCAUGGAUCCAUGGCGAAAUGGACAUGAGCGUGAGCAGUCUGCACAUCCCACCCGGCGCUGUCCUCGUCGGAUACAAACGUCGGUACUUUCUUGGCCCUUACCGCGUCUACAAUGGAACGUCAGUGACGCUGUAUGCUUGGAACAAUCGCAUUCGGUCUGUCAUGGUGCUGCCAGCGACAUCGCCGCUUCCUCCACAGCCCACCACGGCGCUUUCAUCGACCGUCAACAACGCGUCGGCAUACGUGCGCUUCUACGCCAAGGCAAAUUACGACAUACUGUCACUGGAAGAGUCGGUUGCCGAAGGCGGCGUGCCAUCCCUGGAGGACUGGCCGUUCGACCUCGUGGAUAUCAUGCCUCGGUCCAUUUCCCUAGAUCCAGGCGUCGUGCUCAUUCAGUACAACGAGACCAACUUCCAAGGCGAGCGCCGCUUCUGGAACAGGUCCAACCCCAGCAUGCCUGAAGACGCGACUCGCUUCCUCAUGCGAUCUUUCAAGGUCAUGAACGCAUCGGCCGCAGCAACAGAGGCCAACCAGACCGACUACGCUGUGUGUGCUGCCAACAUCAACUCGUCCAAGGUCGACUUGUACAUCCAAGCGGGCGACACGAUUCCGGACAUGGCCGUGUUUGCCAGCACUGCGGGCUGCUCCCCCUUGACACUCUCGCCUACCGUCUUUGUCACUGUAUAUGCAGACGUAAACUACUCGGGCGCAGCGACUACGUAUAACGCGACUACGACCGCCAUCAUGCAGCUGAAGGGCUCCAUGAUCGUGCGCGCGACGACAUCCUCGCCGGUCGUGUUGGAGCUGGCGUCCGGGAAAACUAUGUGGAGUGCCGUGGGCGCUGUUGUGGGUGCCGCUUUCCUCACGUUCGUGGUGUAUCGAUGGAUGGCCCGUGUUCGAGUCGCCAAGAACGACACGACGACGCGCCUUGCUGGGUCGACCAGAUCUCACCUGCCAUCGGCGCGGCCUCGUUCGUCGAUUCCAUCGCAAGACAUGGAUUGGGGGGACUUGGCUCUUAUUCGAUUGGAUUCGUGCCAGGUCGUUCGCGAGCGAUUUGUAGCGUCUGGAGCGUCGGGAGUCGUCUACAGCGGCACGUUUCAAAUCUCCACGCCGGUCGCGAUCAAGGAACUCCACGUGUACACCGCCACGUCUGUCCAGCGCUUCAUUCGCGAACUUAACCUCCUGUCGUCGAUCGAGUCGCCGCACAUUGUCAAACUCAUUGGGGCGACGUGGACAUGUCCCAGCGACCUCCACGCCGUCUUUGAGCUCAUGGGUGGCGGGGAUUUGCAUUCGUACCUUUGCCAGACCCGGCGCGACCAAGUGGCAUGGUCAACGAGGCUGCACUGGACUAAGAGCGUCGCUGAAGGGCUUUUCUACCUCCAUUCCAUGCAGCACAUGCACCGCGACCUCAAGUCUCGCAAUCUCCUCCUCAGCACGGACGUAUCCAGUUUGAAAGUGGCCGACUUUGGGACCGUGCGCGAUGUCGACGACAGCACGCACACCGCCAAUGUCGGGACGUAUCGAUGGAUGGCCCCCGAGAUGUUGGCAUUCCAGCCGUACACCAAUUCCGUCGACGUGUACGCGUUUGGCGUCGUCAUGUCUGAAAUCGAAACCCACCAAACGCCGUAUGCGAAUCUCUUCAUGUCGACUGGCGGAUCCGCCACGAAGCACCCGUUCGAGUCGCACGUCCUUCGAAGAGUCCUCCACGAAAACUUGAGGCCGACCUUCUCCCCCGACUGCCCCAUUUGGUACAAGUUUCUCGCGCUGCGCUGCAUGGCUGAAAAUCCUGCGGACCGGCCGUCCACUGCGGAAAUUUUGCACAUACUGACCAUGCAACAACGUGAGAUGGAUGAAAGCAAACAUGACGACGAAGAGUGACGGACGGUCGACAUUUUGUACCUUCAUGGCAAAUCCUCGUGUCUCUGCCUGGUGUCCUGCAUAGAAAGAGACUCGCCAUCGCUCGGUUGCAAUUCUGUGUGUCUGGGGUUCACCCAUUCAAACGAAGAGAGCAUCGGGGAGUUUGCACAUCACGUUUCCACCGACGAAUGCUACCUCUGCGACUAGCUCCAUGUCCCACGACUGCUUGAUCGAAUGUGCUUGCUCAGCUUCAAAAUACAGGAGCGUGUUCGAGGUGAAUGGUCAUGAAGUGGCAUGGUACAGUAUGCGCGAAUAACAUGGCAAACACAGUGUCACUGGCCUCGAUUCGACAUGCAGGACCAUUCGAACAAGCGCAACCGGAGCACUCGGUGGAUACAACCAAGA